AUGUAUAAAAAAGUGUUUAAAUCAGAAUAGAGAGAUAAAUUCCUAUUUCUUGCAUUGACUUUGGAGACUAUAGUUUUUAAAUUUAAGAAAAAUAAUUUUUAAUUUAAAACUCUAUAACAAUUGAAUAUUGAAAUUUUAGUAUAAUAUUAUUUUUAUAUUAGAAUAAUAUAUGGUGA